UGUUUUCUUCUUCUGCUGCCUGAAUAUCUUCAUGGGACAUGCAUGGAUCGACAUUAGCUUCACAAAUAGUAGACCAUUUAUCGCUUUAAUUUUUCAUAUUCAUAGUUGCUUGCAGUGUAAAAUGUACAUUUGUCCACGCGAAAAACUUGAAAACGUUCUUAUUUAGUCACCGCCUAAAGCGGUGGUGCAUAUGGACGUACUUAUCUAGCUUCUAACAGUGAGUUAGCUGUUAGUCCCUAAUUUUUGCAACAUAACAAGGUUGUCAGAAGCGAUACCAUGGCCAACCUGGAGCAGUGGGUUAAUGACAGGCUGCAUGACAUCCUGGGCCUGAGCGACCGAUAUGUGGCGCAGUUCAUGAUCGGCACUGCCCGCAAGGCGAGUAGCUCCCAAGACUUUGUUGCCCGGCUUCAGCAGACGGGCACCAUCGACAUCGACCAAAGCGUCACCGCCUUUGCCCAUGAGCUGUUUGAGAAGAUUCCUCGAAAGCAGGUCGUGGAGAAAGCCUCCCGGAUGAUUGAACGCCAGGCCAUUGAAAUGGACAGGAAGAAUCGCACAUAUACUUUACUGGAGGACAGCGACAGUGCCGAGGACUGUGUUGCAGAGAAACGGGGAAAUAAAAAGAAGAGCAAAGACAAGGACAGAGGGAGCAAGAGGAAGAACAUCCGUCAGAAGAAGGAGAGCGAGUCGUCCAGUGAGGAAGAAGUGCCUGUGAGCCGGGCCAGGUCGAGCCAAGCCGACGCUGGAACUGUCAAGAAAGAGGAUGAGGAAGAAGAGGAGUGGGAAAAGGAGGAGCGAGAGCGAUUGCACGAUAUUGAGGAACGAGAUGCUUUUGCUGAGCGAGUCAAACAGAGGGACAAAGACAAGACGAGAAAUAUCGCAGAAAGGACCGAUAAAAAGGCUUACGAGGAGGCGCAGAAACGACUCAAGUUGGCUGAAGAUGAUAAGAGGAACAUGUUGCCCGAGCUGAGAAAGCAGUCUCGCCGCGAAUACCUGAAGAAGCGCGAGGAGGAGAAACUGGAAGACCUUGAGGCAGAGAUCAUCGAUGAGGAGUACCUGUUUGCCUCUGAUGACAUGACGGCGCGUGAGAAGAGGGAGCUGGAGUACAAGCGCACGCUGCGAGACCUUGCCAAAGACUACAAGAAGGCCGGAGCAAAGGAGCAAGAGGAGCGGAAGAACCGAUACUAUAUGCCGGAGGAGAUCAGGAGGAAGGAGGUGCCUCAAAAGGAUUUGGAGUUAGAGGAGGAGGCGCCCAUGGAGCUAGGUGGUGAGCAGGGCCGCUGGGAGGAGGAGCGGCUGAAGACGGCCUCGCUCAGCUUUGGUGCCAAGAAAGAGCGUGAGCAGGGCAUGAAGCGCCAACAGGAGAAGUACCAGCUCAUCCUGGAAGAGGACGAGAUGAUCGAGUUUGUCAGCACAGCCAUCACUAUGAAGGGGACAAUGACCGAAAUGGACGACACUCCGACGUUGUCCCAAUCGGAGCUGAAGAAGCAGUCCAUUCAGGAGGUCAGACGAAGCCUUCCCAUCUACCCCUACCGAGAUGACCUGCUGGCCGCUAUCCAUGAGCAUCAAGUGCUUGUUAUUGAGGGAGAAACGGGCUCGGGCAAGACUACGCAGAUACCGCAGUACCUUGUGGAGGACGGUUUCACUAAGGGAGGAAUGAAGAUAGGAUGCACACAACCUCGCAGAGUGGCAGCCAUGUCAGUGGCGGCCCGGGUGGCAGAGGAAAUGAGCGUUAAGCUUGGUAACGAGGUGGGCUACAGUAUCCGUUUUGAGGACUGCACGUCUGAGAGGACGGUUGUCAAAUACAUGACAGAUGGCAUGCUGCUUCGAGAGUUUCUCACUGAGCCUGACCUCGCCAGCUACAGUGUGAUCAUUGUUGAUGAGGCUCACGAGCGAACCCUUCACACGGACAUCCUGUUCGGCUUGAUCAAAGACAUCGCCAGGUUCCGACCCGACCUGAAAGUUCUGGUGGCCAGCGCCACUCUAGACACAGAGCGUUUCUCCACCUUCUUUGACGACGCGCCCGUCUUCAGGAUUCCUGGUAGGAGGUACCCUGUAGACAUCUUCUACACUAAAGCUCCAGAGGCGGACUACAUGGAAGCAUGUGUAGUGUCUGUGCUGCAGAUCCAUGUCACACAGCCUCCAGGAGACAUUCUGGUCUUUCUCACCGGACAGGAAGAUAUUGAGACGUGCUGCGAGCAACUCCAGGACCGAUGUCGGCGACUGGGCUCCAAGAUCGCCGAGCUUCUCGUCCUACCCAUUUACGCCAACCUGCCAUCGGACAUGCAGGCCAAGAUCUUCAGCCCCACGCCACCUGGCGCACGCAAGGUGGUAGUAGCAACCAACAUCGCAGAAACCUCGCUGACCAUCGACGGCAUCAUCUACGUCAUCGACCCGGGCUUCUGCAAGCAAAAGAAUUACAUCGCCCGAACCGGCAUGGAGUCGCUCAUCGUCAUGCCCUGCUCACGGGCGUCGGCCAAUCAAAGAGCAGGUCGUGCUGGCAGAGUGGCCGCCGGCAAAUGCUUCAGGCUAUACACGGCGUGGGCGUUCAAGCAUGAAAUGGAGGAGAUGACCGUGCCAGAGAUUCAGAGGACCAACCUGGGCAAUGUAGUUCUUCUACUCAAGAGUUUAGGUAUCAACGACCUCCUCCACUUUGACUUCAUGGAUCCACCGCCGCACGAAACGCUGCUGAUGGCCCUGGAGCAGCUUUACGCGCUCGGAGCGCUCAAUCACCUGGGAGAACUCACCACGCUUGGUCGCAGGAUGGCCGAGCUCCCCGUGGACCCCAUGUUAAGCAAGAUGAUCCUCGCCUCUGAGCAGUACAAGUGUUCCGAGGAGGUCCUGUCCAUUGCCGCCAUGCUGUCCGUCAACAACUCCAUCUUCUACCGGCCCAAGGACAAGGCGGUGCACGCCGACAAUGCAAGGAUGAACUUUGUGGUACCCGGUGGAGAUCAUUUAGUGCUGCUCAACGUCUAUAAUCAAUGGGUGGAGAGCGGCUACUCCACCCAGUGGUGCUACGAGAACUUCAUCCAGUUCCGUUCCAUGCGGCGAGCGCGGGACGUGCGCGACCAGCUGGAGGGCCUGAUGGAGCGCAUCGAGGUGGAGAUGGUCAGCUCGCAGGGAGAUGCCAUGCCCAUUCGCAAGGCGGUGACAGCAGGCUACUUCUACCACACAGCGCGGCUAAGCAAAGGAGGCUACAGGACGGUGAAACACCAGCAGACGGUCUACAUCCACCCCAGCAGCUCGCUUUUUGAGGAGCAGCCUCGAUGGCUCAUCUACCACGAGCUGGUCAUGACUACUAAGGAGUUCAUGAGACAGGUGGUGGAGAUCGAGAGCGGCUGGCUUCUGGAAGUUGCUCCUCACUACUACAAGAGCAAGGAGGUGGAGGACAGCAACAGCAAGAAGAUGCCCCGUAAACAGGGCAAAGCCAAGGAGGAGCUUGGCUGAAAAGAUCCCAAGUACGCGCAUUUAGCCAAUCAAGUGACUCAAAGACAUUCCAGAGAAAAGUAGGACUGGUUAAUGAUCUACCCCAUUGGCUGCAACUGUAGCGUGUACGUCUCAUUAGUGACGCUCGUUCACUCAUACUUGAAUUGUAAACAAUAUUGUCCUGAUUGCUGAGAAGCAAUAAAUUUUUACUGCUGUUUGUAUUUCCUCUGCA